AUGGCGGAAUCGCUAUUUAGCCUCGAUGACAACGCAAUUGGGGAGUUACUGGAACAGACUGACUUGGAAAAUGUUGAUGAAGAUAAUGAUGACUUAUAUGCGCAAAACGAUGAAGAUAAUAACUAUUUCGAGGGGAGACUACUAGUCAAGCUCAAGAAAGUUCAACGUGCGGCACAACGUGUAGCUACUGAAAAUGACGAACAACGUGAGCGACGCCUGCAAGAUUUGCGGCAGCGUACGGCACAACGUGUAGCUACUGAAAAUGAGGAACAACGAGAGCGACGCCUGCAAGAUUUGCGGCAGCGUACGUCACAGCGUGUAGCUACUGAAAAUGAUGAACAACGAGAGCGACGCCUGCAAGAUUUGCGGCAGCGUACGGCACAACGUGUAGCUACUGAAAAUGAUGAACAACGAGAGCGACGCCUGCAAGAUUUGCGGCAGCGUACGUCACAGCGUGUAGCUACUGAAAAUGAUGAACAACGAGAGCGCCGCCUGCAAGAUUUGCGGCAGCGUACGGCACAACGUGUAGCUACUGAAAAUAAUGAACAACGAGAGCGACGCCUGCAAGAUUUGCGGCAGCGUACGGCACAACGCGUAGCUACUGAAAAUGAUGAACAACGAGAGCGACGCCUGCAAGAUUUGCGGCAGCGUGCGGCACAACGUGUAGCUACUGAAAAUGAUGAACAACGAGAGCGAAGUCUGCAAGAUUUGCGGCAGCGUGCGGCACAACGUGUAGCUACUGAAAAUGAAGAACAACGAUAA